CCUUCAACAGCCCAAAUGGUAUCCUCAGCAAUCACUGCAGCUGCCUCUCCCACACCAUCGACACCAACAUCACAUUCGGUAGCAGUGUCUUCCUACUCUACAGCUGGGCCAAGCUCAGUAACAGCUCCAUCAACAGCUGUGAAAAUUACGACGCUUUCAUCUGCACCAGGAUCCACAACAGCGAUAAAAACGACAAUCCUUACCUCUUCAAGUCCUCAGACUAUUUCCGAAGGUACAAUCAUAUCUGUGACAAAUGCACCAAUCAACGCAGGGAAGACAACAACCUCAACUACAAGCACAGGAUCCACAACAGCGAUAACAACGACAAUCCUUACCUCUUCAAGUCCUCAGACUAUUUCCGAAGCGACAUUGGUCCCUGUGACAAAUGCACCAAUCAACGCAGUGAAGACAACAACCUCAUCUCCAAGCACAGGAUCCACAACAGCGAUAAAAACGACAAUCCUUACCUCUUCAAGUCCUCAGACUAUUUCCGAAGGUACAAUCAUAUCUGUGACAAAUGCACCAAUCAACGCAGGGAAGACAACAACCUCAACUACAAGCACAGGAUCCACAACAGCGAUAAAAACGACAAUCCUUACCUCUUCAAGUCCUCAGACUAUUUCCGAAGGUACAAUCAUAUCUGUGACAAAUGCACCAAUCAACGCAGGGAAGACAACAACCUCAACUACAAGCACAGCCACCACGACAGCAAGUGUCAACGGGACGACGACUGUUCCACCAGCAGCAUCAACUGCUUCAACAAGAGGAACAGCUGGACUACUGACGUCACAGACAACGGCGGUCACAUCAAAUGCCACGGAAGGUCUAAUUGUGCCCGUGACGCAGCCACCAAUUAACGCAGCAAAGUCAACAACUACAGUGCCCGUCCAUGUGACCACAAGCAUCGUCCCUGGGUUCACGUCCUCUGUGACGACGCUGUCGAGCACGAGCUUGCCUCCCUCGGUCGUAUCGAACAAACCGAUCUCAAUCAACACACCUGGGUGGAUGACCACAACCACGCCAACAACGACCACACCAACAACGACCACACCAACAACGACCACACCGACAUCAACCACACCAACAACGACCACAACCACCGGUGUGCCACCCACAGCACCACCAACAACUUCUUCCACGGCGACGACAGCCAUCACCUUGGCCCCAACUGCUCCGAUUGUCCCCGUGACAACGACAACAGCAACCUUCCAGCACUUCUACAUCAAGUUCACCAUCGUCAACCGCAACUACAGCAGCGAUCUGGCGCAGAGCUACUCUCCCCUGCGAACGGAGUACACCACAAACAUCUCCAACCUGUUGGAGAACCUGUUCUAUCAGAAAAUCGGGGAUGCAGUGCAAGCAUGCACAGUGACGAAUUACUGGGAGGGCCCACUGGUGGUGGUUGCCAGGUGCGAGUUCACAAACACCGGCAGUGUGAACGAGUCGGUGGUUGACGCGGCCUUCAAAGCAGGAACCAACCAACUGUACGACCUGGGACCUUACCUGCUCAAGAACACAGACCUCACAGUGACCAGGACGGAGCCACUGCCUCCAACAGGAACGCCAGCAACUACCAGUGCCGUCACAGCUACAGUUGCAACAACUACUUCUGCAAGUGCAUUCAACGUCACCACAAGUCAGUCGAUCACCCAAGCUCCAACUGUGCCUGAGCUGAGCCAACUGAUCCCCACGACGUCGCCACCGUUCGCCCCGACCGUUGGAGACCAGCAGCACUUCUACAUCAAGUUCACCAUCGUCAAUCGCAACUACAGCAGCGAUCUGGCGCAGAGCUACUCUCCCCUGCGAACCGAGUACACCACAAACAUCUCCAACCUGUUGGAGAACCUGUUCUAUCAGAAAAUCGGGGAUGCAGUGCAAGCAUGCACAGUGACGAAUUACUGGGAGGGCCCACUGGUGGUGGUUGCCAAGUGUGAGUUCACAAACACCAGCAGUGUGAACGAGUCGGUGGUUGACGCGGCCUUCAAAGCAGGAACCAACCAACUGUACAACCUGGGACCUUACCUGCUCAAGAACACAGACCUCACAGUGACCAGAACGGAGCCACUGCCCCCAACAGGAACGCCAGCAACUACCAGUGCCGUCACAGCUACAGUUGCAACAACUACUUCUGCAAGUGCAUUCAACGUCACCACAAGUCAGUCGAUCACCCAAGCUCCAACUGUGCCGGAGCUGAGCCAACUGAUCCCCACGACGUCGCCACCGUUCGCCCCGACCAUUGGAGACCAGCAGCACUUCUACAUAAAGUUCACCAUCGUCAACCGAAACUACAGCAGCGAUAUGGCGCAGAGCUACUCUCCCCUGCGAACCGAGUACACCACAAACAUCUCCAACCUGUUGGAGAACCUGUUCUAUCAGAAAAUCGGGGAUGCAGUGCAAGCAUGCACAGUGACGAAUUACUGGGAGGGCCCACUGGUGGUGGUUGCCAAGUGUGAGUUCACAAACACCAGCAGUGUGAACGAGUCGGUGGUUGACGCGGCCUUCAAAGCAGGAACCAACCAACUGUACAACCUGGGACCUUACCUGCUCAAGAACACAGACCUCACAGUGACCAGAACGGAGCCACUGCCUCCAACAGGAACGCCAGCAACUACCAGUGCCGUCACAGCUACAGUUGCAACAACUACUUCUGCAAGUGCAUUCAACGUCACCACAAGUCAGUCGAUCACCCAAGCUCCAACUGUGCCUGAGCCGAGCCAACUGAUCCCCACGACGUCGCCACCGUUCGCCCCGACCGUUGGAGACCAGCAGCACUUCUACAUCAAGUUCACCAUCGUCAACCGCAACUACAGCAGCGAUCUGGCGCAGAGCUACUCUCCCCUGCGAACCGAGUACACCACAAACAUCUCCAACCUGUUGGAGAACCUGUUCUAUCAGAAAAUCGGGGAUGCAGUGCAAGCAUGCACAGUGACGAAUUACUGGGAGGGCCCACUGGUGGUGGUUGCCAGGUGCGAGUUCACAAACACCAGCAGUGUGAACGAGUCGGUGGUUGACGCAGCCUUCAAAGCAGGAACCACCCAACUGAGCAAACUGGGACCUUACCUGCUCAACAACACAGACCUCACAGUGACGAGAACAGAACCAAUGCCCCCAUCUGCAACACAAGCACCUACCAGUAUAGCAACUCCUCCGUCAACGACACCACCAGGCACAGGGCUACCACCCUCAGUUUCCACCACAGCGGCUGUAACGACCAAACAGACGGCCGCCACAGAAGCACCCAUCGUUCCCGUGACAAACAACCCGAUCAACGCCGGGAAGACGACAACAGCGCCAGUCGUCCUGACCCAGGGACCCCAGCAGCACUUCUACAUCAAGUUCACCAUCAUCAACCGCAACUACACCAGCGAUCUGGCGAGCUACUCUCCCCUGCGAACCGAGUACACCACAAACAUCUCCAACCUGUUGGACAACCUCUUCGCUCAGAAAAUAGGAGAUGCAUUCCAAACAUGUCACGUGGCGAAUUACUGGGAGGGCCCACUGGUGGUGGUUGCCAGGUGCGAGUUCACAAACACCAGCAGUGUGAACGAGUCGGUGGUUGACGCAGCCUUCAAAGCAGGAACCAACCAACUGUACGACCUGGGACCUUACCUGCUCAACAAGACAGACCUCACAGUGACCAGAACAGAACCAAUGCCUCCAUCUGCAACACAAGCACCUACCAGUACAGCAACUCCUCCGUCAACGACACCACCAGGCACAGGGCUGCCACCCUCAGUUUCCACCACAGCGGCUUUAACGACCAAACAGACGACCGCCACAGAAGCACCCAUCGUUCCCGUGACAAACAACCCGAUCAACGCCGGGAAGACGACAACAGCGCCAGUCGUCCUGACCCAGGGACCCCAGCAGCACUUCUACAUCAAGUUCACCAUCAUCAACCGCAACUACAGCAGCGAUCUGGCACAGAGCUACUCUCCCCUGCGAACCGAGUACACCGCAAACAUCUCCAACCUGUUGGAGAACCUGUUCUAUCAGAAAAUCGGCGAUGCGGUGAAAGCAUGCACAGUGACGAAUUACUGGGAGGGCCCACUGGUGGUGGUUGCCAGGUGCGAGUUCACAAACACCAGCAGUGUGAACGAGUCGGUGGUUGACGCGGCCUUCAGAGCAGGAACCAACCAACUGUACAACCUGGGACUUUACCAGCUCAACACCACAGAACUUACAGUGACCAGAACAGAACCAAUGCCUCCAUCUGCAACACAAGCACCUACCAGUACAGCAACUCCUCCGUCAACAACACCACCAGGCACAGGGCUGCCACCCUCAGUUUCCACCACAGUGGCUUUAACGACCAAACAGACGACCGCCACAGAAGCACCCAUCGUUCCCGUGACAAACAAACCGAUCAACGCCGGGAAGACGACAACAGCGCCAGUCGGCCUGACCCAGGGACCCCAGCAGCACUUCUACAUCAAGUUCACCAUCAUCAACCGCAACUACACCAGCGAUCUGGCGCAGAGCUACUCUCCCCUGCGAACCGAAUACACCGCAAACAUCUCCAACCUGUUGGACAACCUCUUCCCUCAGAAAAUAGGAGAUGCAUUCCAAACAUGCCACGUGGCGAAUUACUGGGAGGGCCCACUGGUGGUGGUUGCCAGGUGCGAGUUCACAAACACCAGCAGUGUGAACGAGUCGGUGGUUGACACGGCCUUCAGAGCAGGAACCACCCAACUGAGCGAACUGGGACCUUACCUGCUCAACAACACAGACCUCACAGUGACCAGGAUUGAACCCACUCCUCCGAAUGCAACGCAAGCACCUACCAGCCCCGCAUCCAUCGCUCCCGUGACAAACAAACCGGUCAACGCCGGGAAGACAACAGCGGCAGUCGGCCCGACCCUGGAAUCCCUGCAGCAUUUCUACAUCAAGUUCACCAUCGUCAACCGCAACUACAGCAGCGAUCUGGCACAGAGCAACUCUACCCUGCGACAAGAAUACACUGCAAACAUCUCCGGCCUGCUGGAAGACCUUUUCCGAAAGCAAGUCGGCAAUGCACAGCACAACUGCACCGUCACAAAUUACUGGCCUGGCACACUGGUGGUGGUGGUUGCCAAGUGUGAGUUCACAAACACCAGCAGUGUGGACGAGUCGGUGGUUGGCGCGGCCUUCAGAAACGGAACCGAACAACUGACCAGCCUGGGACUCUACCUGCUCAACACGACAGACCUCAAUGUGACCAGAACGGAGCCAUUACCUCUGACACAAGCUUCAACCACCGCAGGACCAAUCGUUCCCGCGGCGACGACGAUGAAGACAACAGCGGCAGUCAGCCCGAUCCCAGAACCCCUGCAGCAUUUCUACAUCAAGUUCACCAUCGUCAACCGCAACUACAGCAGCGAUCUGGCGCAGAGCAACUCUACCCUGCGACAAGAAUACACUGCAAACAUCUCCGGCCUGCUGGAAGACCUUUUCCGAAAGCAAGUCGGCAAUGCACAGCACAACUGCACCGUCACAAAUUACUGGCCUGGCACACUGGUGGUGGUGGUUGCCAAGUGUGAGUUCACAAACACCAGCAGUGUGGACGAGUCGGUGGUUGACGCGGCCUUCAGAAACGGAACCGAAAAACUGACCAGGCUGGGACUCUACCUGCUCAACACGACAGACCUCAUAGUGAACAGAACUGAGCCGUUACCUCCAACAGAGGCACCAAUAGCAGCUCCAGAGACACUCGUGGCAUUCUUCAUCAAGUUCACAGUGGUGAACUACAAUUACACGGUUGAUCUGGACAACAGCAGCUCUCCAUUGUAUCAGGAACACUCGAAGAACAUCUCUCAAGAGCUGGAGAAACUGUACAAAAAUGUCAAGGGAAUCAAUUUGAAGAACUGCACCGUUGUAGACUUCUGGGACCAACCACUGGCGGUGGUUGCAAAGUGCUUCUUCGUCAACACCAGUGACGUCAACAACAACAGCGUACAUGAAAACUUCAAGAAUGGGACGAAAUCGCUGAAGAAACUCGGAAAUUACAGCCUCACUGAGAAAGACGCGGACGUCACAGUAACAAAGGAACAACCCGUGCGUCCCACCGUACAACCCGUGCGUACCACCGUACAACCCAUGCGUCCCACCGUACAACCCGUGCGUCCCACCGAAGCCCUGAAGGAUUUCGACAUUCAGUUCACGAUCCACAACCACACCUUCAAAAAGGAACUCAAGGAUAACAAUUCUUCAAUCUACAAAGAAUAUGUAAAGAACAUCACCGAACUGGUGGAGAACCUCUACAGGACAAAGUACAACAAGACACUGCACUACUGCGUGAUAACCGGUUUCACAGAAGGCUCAAUCAAAGUGGAUUGCAAAUGCUACUUCACAAAUAGCAGCACAGUGACAGUAGCCGACAUCCUAGAAACAUUCUCCAACAAAACGGAUGGCAUCGACGUGCUCGGAGCUUACAAGCUGCAGCCCAACAAGCUCACAGUGAAUGGAAUAAAGCCCGAACAUGAGAAGUUGAAAACAUUCUACAUACAAUUCCGUCCAAUCCUGAAAAAGGAAACUCCAGACGAAGCUUUCAAAAAGAAUGUUACAGAUGAGCUGGAGAAACUCUUUAAUCAGGAGCUUGUGAACAUCACACGCAACUGCAGCUGGGUGGACAAGACUCCAGAUUCUAUCAUCAUUGAGAAGUGCGACUUUCUGGACUCACCGGAUCUCAACGAAAAAGUCAUCGAAGACGCCUUCUUCAAAGGAACAAAAAACAUCACCAAGCUGGGCAACUACGACCUCAUAAACGAUGGCAUCUUCAAAGUUUCACCCAAACCAAUCGUGCCGCCACCUGCAGAGAAGCUGAAGCCGUACUACCUAAAAUUCACCGUCACCAACCACAAGUACAAAACCGACCUGGAGACCGUGACCUCUCAGUCUUAUGCAAACAUCACCAAGGGAAUCUCUGCAGAGCUGGAUAAGUUGUUCAACAAAGAAAUUGGAAACAAGUCUCACGGAUGCACAGUCGUGGAUUACUGGCCGGCAAAUAACGACGGUGCACUGAAGGAUUUGGUGGUGGUGGCUAAGUGCAACUUCACAGACACGCCGGAAGUGAACGAGAACGUCGUUAGGGACGCAUUCUACAAGGGCACCAACGGAACUUAUAAACUCGGAGCAUACGACUUGAAAAACAACGCCUUGGAAGUCAACGCCGAACCAUUCGUGCCACCAACUGCAGAGAAGCUGAAGCCGUACUACCUAAAAUUCACCGUCACCAACCACAAGUACAAAACCGACCUGGAAACCGUCACCUCUCAGUCUUACGCAGACAUCACCAAGGGAAUCUCUGCAGAGCUGGAUAAGUUGUUCAACAAAGAAAUUGGAAACAAGUCUCACGGAUGCACAGUCGUGGAUUACUGGCCGGCAAAUAACGACGGUGCACAAAAGAAUUUGGUGGUGGUCGCUAAAUGCAACUUCACAGACACGCCGGAUGUGAACGAGACCGUCGUUAAGGACGCAUUCUACAAGGGCACCAACGGAACUGAAAAACUUGGAGCAUACGACUUGAUGUACAACGACAUUGUCAUCAACGCACAAAGACCCUCCCAACCUGAAGUCUUGCAAGACUUCAACAUCCAGUUCACCAUAUCGAACCACACGUUUGCGCCAGACCUGUACAACCCAAACUCAUCACUGUACAAGGAAUAUGUGAAAAACAUUACCGAUCGGUUGGCCAACUUAUACAAGACGAAGUACAACAGCACGUUCAAAUACUGCAAUGUGACUGGCUUAAGAAUCGGAUCUAUCAUCGUUGACUGCCACUGCUACUUCUCUAACAACACCACGAGUGUGCCAGACAUCAAGAACACAUUCGCUGACGGCACUGGCGGAGUCGUAAAUCUCGGAGACUAUCAACUCUCUCCCAACAGCCUCCAAGUCGACCAAGACAACAUUCUGGUUUCCACAGCAGCCCCUACCACGACAAAGCCGAUUUACUCUGCAAUGAAGCCGCUGCCAUAUUGGAUCAUAUUCAUCAUCGCACUCUGCUGCCUCCUGUUCGCAGCGAUGCUCUUACUCUGCCUACUGAUGCUUUGUGUGAAGUACUGCCGGCACCACACGGGAAAAUACCAGACCAUGCAGCGACCCUGGGGAACCUACUACCCACACCUGGACUUGAGAAAAACGCACUAAAUCUAGGGAGCAAUGGACAUGGCACGAGUCGCUCGCAGUGCAUGAUCCGUGAAGUUUGAACAAACGUAGCACUUUACUUAAAAAAAGAAUAAAAAAUAUGGCGUUUAAUAACUUAAAAGUGUGUAUGUGUAGGUAGACUUAAACAAUCUAUCUUUUUUAUAUAUAUGAACUGUUUAUGUUAAAGAAUGUGGAAACCUUUAUCCUUUUCCCGCAAUAUAAGUGGUAUGUUGAUGUAAAAAUUCAAAUAUAUAUUUUAAGAAAUGUAUGCAAGCCGUAUAAGUUACAAUGUAUGUUAUUCCAUUUCUGUUAAGCAUUCACUAUUAGAUUUGAAAGUUGUGUUAUGAAAUGAAUGUUUGCUUCUUUUAUGUGGGAAUUUUUAGUAUAUAUUUUAUUGCCAAUUAUCAAAAUGUCCAUGAAUUUACAUGUAAUGCUUUACAUUUCGAGAGCCAUAUAUGCUUGGGGGGGAUGCUAGGGCUUUUAUUUGGAUUUUUUGCUUUUUUCCAUAUGGCUGGGCCAUUUAGUUUACAUUUGUAUGCUACUCAUGUAUCGUUUCAUUUCUUAACUAACUCAGGUGGUUGGCGUUACUGUUACACUUUUAGCUAAACUCGUAUUCUUGCAAGCAAAAUAUAAUUGAAAGAUGUCCUGAAAAAAGUUGAUAACCCACCUAAAAAUAUACCAUAUUCUCCAAACUAUCAGAAAUUCUAGAAAGUAAGACGUAUCCAACACAUGUGCUCCAGUGUCAAUAAAGUUCUGCAAAUCUUGUCACACUCCUACCAGAUACUAAAAUUUACCCCUAACUUUUGCAUUAGAUUUCAAGGAAAAAAGCAUAUCAUAAUACAGAGAAUAUGGUAUAUACAGUACAGUAUUUUAAAAAUAACCCACACUGGCACUUUGAAAUCCACUGUUAAUCAUUUGGAGCGCAGCUCUUCGAUGUGCGUGUUGUUCGGAAUGAUGUCCGACGUUUCAGUCAACGUGCUGGGGGAUUCAGAAACUAAGAGAUCAUGCCAAACAACACACCCUGCGGUGCAACCGUAAAACACAUUGGAACGCUGCUCAGCACAACCGUGAAACCGAACGCAGUUUGUAUCUUGCACGAUGAACUUAAACAUUCAAAAAAAAAUAUUCCACUUAACCUGCUUAUCAUCUCAACAAAAGCCUACACUUUUUGAAACAAUAACAAUGUUGUGGGUUAUCAAAAUUAUUCCAGGACAUUCUUCAAUUAUCAUAAUAAAAGUAGA